AUGGUCGAGGUUCUCGCUGUGCUAAAGUCUGGCUGGCACAAGACUUUCCACGAAGAACUACGCGCUACACAAAUGUUUGCUGUGAUCACCCAGCUUGACGCGUACAAAUCCGGAACGAAAGGCAGACUCGGACAGGUUCCAACGGGUGAAGGCAAGACAGCCGUCGUCGGCGUCCUCGCUGCUGCUUUGUCUCUGCACGGAAAAAAAGUCGACAUUAUCACAUCCUCGUCGGAACUCGCCAAGCCCCAAGCAGGGAAGCUGAGCCCAUUUUUUCGCCGAUUCGGCGUACGAUGAGCAAAAACAAGCAGACACGCAUUGGUUUUGUCAUGCGCCGUUUCUACAUACUUAGUAUAGCAUUAAUACCCACGAGAUAAUUGCAAUAUAGCACAUCAGUAGCCAUGAUGAACAUAUGAAAACAAAAUUUGAUCGGCACAAUUCGAUAGAUAUAGUCCAGGCGUUUCUAUCCGAAGAAAGAAAAACGUCAGUCAAAGUCAAAAUGAGAACCAAGAUGCGCAACACAAUUGCCAGGAAAGAUGACGCAAUAUGUGCCGUUGCCGCCAGCAACCAUGACUUUGCAGCGCAGUACAUGCUGCUGUUACGCUCAUGGAAAUCAUUCUGCGUCAAAGGAAGAUGAAGACGCAGGCAAUGUUGAACAACAACUGUAAUUCUACAUCAUGAGUCUCAUAGAUACUAGUCGGACUCAGACUUUUCUCUCUUUUCUUUUCAUACUCAACCUGCCUUGUUUUUUUUCGCGCAAUGCCGUAUUGGGUCAGAUUACAUUCGGACUCCGAACAAGAAGGUGCGCUCGACUGGGACGAACACUAGAUUUGCAGGCAGCGACGUGGUGUAUGGUUCUCCCAGUCUUUUCCAGUGGGCUGACCUGCGACACCGAUUCUCUCGAGAACAAGAUGAGGCGCGGGAUCGCGACACGCGGCCAUACGACAUUGCCAUUAUUGAUGAGAGCGACUCUCUCAUGGUUGACGGGAAGGCGUCACAAGCAUUGCUGUCAACCCCGUUGCUGGGUGCUCACCAUCUACACAACUUCGUUGCUUCCGUGUGGCUAAUUAUGAAGGCGCAAAAGCAACAUCUCAAGCAGUUCGAGGUGGACGGAGAGCUUUUAACUUUCGAAGUGCCGCCACAGCUCCACACGAUAAAGACUUGGGAAACAUACAAGGACGAGCUAAAGGCGCAGAACGUCUUCGUUAACGAGUCCCAAGCGAUCGAAAACCGCCGGGAUCCGGAAACGGGGGAGCGUUUGUACAAGGAUUGGACAGACUUUCUCACACAGAAGCUGGAGGAGGUGCUACGCAAGAGCGUCCGCGACUUCGAGUGGCACGCUAAGAGCCACCUGCCGGGAAAGAAGCUUACAGAUGAGCAGAUUUCGCAGGUCAGGCAAGGUGACGAUCCGAACAACAAAAACGUGGCUCCAUAUAUGCGGCUCUAUCACUUGAAUCAUUAUCAUGAUGGAAGUAUCUUCCCUGCCAAGGGUCGGGCUGCAGCAACGUGAAGAACCUGCAUCAACAAAAGCGUUGAGGUGCAUGCAUUUUUCAACUCGCGACACAGCCUGUCGCACCCCUUGCCUCUCUGGCGGAACUAGAAAGCCAUAUUUCCCCCCGUGAAAAUUUGUAUAAAUGUUAAAGUCUACUUUGACUCAAGAUUGAGUGAUGACCGCCACUCUCUCUAACACGAGCGUUAAUGCAGGUCUACAGGUUGCUCCUCCGUGGAGUUGUUAAGACACAGAGAUUUAUUAGAUUGCAAUAGCUUAGAUGCCCGACCAAGUAGCGACAUUACAGACGACACAAAAAAAAUUUUUUUUCCGUAGAUUGAAAAAGCACGAGAAAGAUCGAAAAGCAAAAAAACAAAAAAAAAAAAUUCCUGGUCCUGACUUGUUUUAUUAAGCACUAACACCAGAAAAAAAAAAACUCUUUAACCGAAAAAACAGUGAUACGCCCGCAAUAUUCCCUUUCGGAUUUUUAUUUGUCUAUUUACCCUCUUGACUUGAUUUCGAACCUCGCCAACUUCAGAACAGAGUCAUAAAAGCAACCAAAACAAAAACGUCGUCUUUCGCAGUAGAACGCAGCGAGCCGCUGGGACCGGGAGAUGCCACGCAAACAGUUAGGCACCUAACAUCCUCCACGCUGUACAACUUCACCCAGAAUAGCGAGCAGGCUGCUGUGGAUUUGAUGGGCAUGAUGCACAUGCAAAAGAAGAACGAGGUGGAUGAUAACAAAGCGGUCCUGGAGCUGCGCGACCACAUUGUUGGCAAAAUCACCGCCGGCGAAAUUCAGAAGAAAAAGGAAGUCACUAACGGGGAAGCAGCAAACUUUGUGAAGCAGCUGCGCCUGAUGUACGAUUUGGACAUCUUGAAUACGGACGCGAAAACGUUCGAGGCCGAGCGGGUUGCGGCGCAAAAGGCUGCUGCAAAUGCAGGCGAAGAUGCGGGAGCUGAUGGCGCCGAGAUGAAAGACGAAACGAAUCCGAACGUCGACCCCCCGGGCGAGAUUCCUCCGAUCCCAGAAGGACUGCUGGGCGACGGUUCGGCUGAGGACAAAAAGCCUACGCUCGUGGAUGACAGCAAAUGCGAAGACAAAACGCCGAACCAGCAGCAGUACGCAUCUAGUAAUGGGCGUGACCAUUGCUCCAUGGAGGAACUAUACGCGGAAAAUGUCUUUCGCAUGGGGAAGCGAGAUAUGCAGCAGAUCCGGUCUGCGAAAGCGGUCACGGAGCGCGUCUGCACGAUGAUCGAGGCGGACCAAUUCGACACGGACAUGCACGAGGGCAAGUUCGACUUCAACAACUUCAUGGCGCAUGUGGUAGAGGAUGAAAAGUGGAUGACUUGGUUCGAGGCCUAUGACUUCUGCAAUGUCACGCUGCCGAAGCUUGUGAAGGACUCCACCGAGGGCGCGAUGCUCAUGAACAUGGGGAUGGAACGCAUGAAGCAACACGUGCUGUCUUUGGUCUUGGAUGUUUGGGAUAAGAAUGAGGAAACGCCGACCAAGAUUUUCAAGACCUUCUAUCCGAAGGUUAGGUUUGAUGUGGAUGGAGUGCACCGCACUCCCACGGGGCAAUCCUAUGUGAAGGAGGAUCUAGGCUUCAUGGUGCACAAUGACUACGUGAAUCAGCAGGGCGGAAUUGACUACUCGAAGGUAACGGCCGGGGUAAAGGUGGAGUACUUCCUGGUGGCCAGUGAAGGCAUGUACAUGUUACCGCCGGGAUAUCAUCUGCUAAAGCUGAAAAUCCAAGGAGUGCGCACCUGUAUCAUGGGACUGGAGACCCCAGCCUCUUUUGACCAUGAUCCAAUGACAGCAAGCCAAGGCGCGGCGCAUCAAGCGUUCGGGCAAACGGUGGAGCUUGAAGGGCGCUUUCGAAGUGUAACGGACUAUGAGGUGGCGAUUGGUGACUGCUUCAUUGGCCAAGUUUGUUGGGAUCACAAGCCUGACGGCACGCCGCAGCUGCGUUUCGUUGUGUCGACCCUUCGGAGAACGGACAAAGAAGAGGCGAUUCGCCUCAACCCCCUCACCACGGUUCCCCCGAAACCGGACCCGAUCUCCCCCAGAACCAAAGGGCAGCAGCAGGCGCCGAGAAAUCUGGAUGCGAAAGGCCCAGACGAGUUCAUUACUCGCAAACAGCUGGAGGAGAUGCUGGAUAAGCGCGACGACAAGCUGCGGAAUGAGAUCAAGGAGGAGAUCAGUGCUGUUCAGGUUGAAAACACCAAGCAGAUCGGGCAACUCAAGACGCAAAUGUCUUUGAUGGCGGAGGGGCAGCAGAUGGACAUUGAAACAUCCAAGAGCAACACGAGUCUGAUGCACAUGUUCAUGGGAUUCCAGGCGCUGGGCAUGCCGGAGGAGCAGAAGAAGGCUAUGCUUUCCAAGCUGGAAAUGGAAAAGACGAGGGUUGCUACGGUAGAUUCACAGCGCGCGGAGAACCUGCAAAAAAUCAAGGACUUGCAAGGCCCCGCUGCGAUUGCGAAUGGGGAGAAUAUGCUGGCGAUUGGAGACGAUGAUGCUGCAACAAAGGGAGGAACAGGUACUGGUAGUUGCGAUUUGACUGAGAAUUUUUGUAUGCAUGAGCGACGUGAUACGAUGGUAGAACAGAAGUGCCAACACUCCGAGGAGGACAUUGAUCGGGCAGCGUCUGGAUGGGAAGAUGGUGGCCCUCUGACUAGGGAAGGCGAAGAACAACUACCACAAAUGGAGAAUGCGACUUCUUUCACUUCAACUAGCGACACAACCGAAACACAACAUCACAACAGGACUACCGGAUUCGAAAAAACGGAAAAACGACAGCACAGCGUGAGCGAGGCGCGUAAAAAUCAUCGGGAAAAUGACAGCAGUUUUUUCGGGGCUACACAAGAUUUCGAACGACUUGCAAAACAGAUCCAGACACUACAUCCAGUACAGAGAAAUAUAGCGAGGAAAUGCAGAGGAACACGACCAGAGCUAGAAACUCCAGCGCGAAUUUUGACACCAAGCACGCACCUGCAACUAUCACAUGAGUUACGUCGACGACAAGAAAGACAAGAGCUAGACUACAAAAAAUUUCAACUACGGAAACAAAAUCGCUUCUUUCCGCUUUACAUCAAAGAGAGCAAGAGCCAACUAGCAAGAAGAACAACCAGCGCAGACGCCGACGCCCACAGCAGCAGGACAUGGGAUGGCAGCAUACUUGAGAUGCAGGAAAUUCGUGGGGGCAGCAAAUCAACAGCGAGGAACAGCAGGCAGCAAGACGUGCUCUUGCGCGUGCUGUGUUUUCUUCUUCUUCUUCUAACACUCUUCACGGCCGCAGUAAGCUAUUUUGACGGCGGAAAACCAGACCAACCCAUCACGCAAAGUACAAAAAUGCAAAUAAAACCAGAAGAAAGGCAUGGUGGUCCGGAUGCGCACGGAUUGACAAGUGGGCAGCCGAAUGCGCAGAGGCUUGGCGAUGAAAGUGUUCUGCUGUCGCGUAGUCAUAAAAAUACAAAAUUCUCGGUCGAGUCGUGUCGUAGCUACCUAGUUCCAAACUCAUGUUCCAAAUUGCAAGCACCACAGGAAGGAGGCCUUCUCACAAGUCUGCUGCGCUCCACGUCGGUACCAGCGGCCUCCUGCACGAGUUGCAUUGCUUCGCAAAGUGUUUUUCGACGUGAGUGUGGGAGAGAGCCUGGUAGUGCUCCGCAACGUGUGCGGCUACGUGGUUGUGUCUUUGGUGGCCAGACGCUGUCUUCUAUCAUUGUCUUCAUGCUGGAGCACCCUGCGACUGCAUCGUACAUCCUGGCGAGCAUGACAACCUCCUCCUCGCGAAAGACCCGCGUACCCCUUUCCCGCAGCGGAAAGGAUAGAGAAACAGACGUCUGCAGCAUGGACAAACGGAGCACAACACGAGUGGAAACGGGGUGCCGGGGGCUCGCCGCAAGACCGUACGAAAAAUUUGCCCGCUUGUUCCCCGCAUGCCACGGCGAUGACAUAGCGAUAGGGGACUACUCCCGCCGGUGCUACGGGGUCGAUUUGGCUCUUUCUGGGGGAAGAAAAACAACGAAAAGCCGGAAACCGCCCGGCGGGUUAAGGACUGCGGCGAAUUUUCUCGGUGGAAAUCGCGGCCGGGACGGUCCACAGCUCGGGGAGAUAACAGGCCAUGAGCCCCCUAGUGAUGGCAUACGAUGCACAGCACGAGCGGAAUCGGCCAGAAUCCCGAAACCGCAGCAGCAAACAAGGAACGGGACAAGCAGGGGAAUGCGGCACUCAAACUGCGAUGCUAGUCCCUCGAUUUCGUUCUUUUCCGUUGUCGUUUUUCCUUCAAAUCAAGGCACACCUAUCGGCGUUCGAAUGCCGCAACCCGCCCCGGGGCUUCAGAAGCCAGCGUCAUCGGGAUCCGCAUCCGCCAGGAGCCGAGCGGUCUGCUGUGGCGGGCUGCGACCUUGGGAGGAGCAUCGUUUUUGGGAUCAGUAUAGCGAAGCCGGCUGGGUUUUUCGUUUUCGUCGGCAGACUGCGUUUUUUCGAAGACUACACUUCCACGGAGGCGGAAGUGCGGAUGACAUAGCCAAACAGGCGAAGCUGCGGCAGAUUGGAAAUAUCUGUGUGUCUCGUCGACCAAAACACGGAAUGCGCGAGCUACAGAUUCACGGAGGCGGAAGUGCGGUUGACAUGGCCAAACAGGCGAAGCUGCGGCAGAUCGGAAAUAUCUGUGUGUCUCGUCGACCAAAACACGGAGUGCGCGAUCUGCGCGCAAAUUGCACAUCGCGCUGCGUCGUGUUCUGGUCCGCUUUUCCCCCAAAUACAACGCGUUCCGGAAGCGCAUCUACCAGGAUGCGAAUGGACGGCCACGGUCGGAAAGCGGAGUGUUCGGCGCGCGACCCCCAGGAAUCCACUGCGGCAUCGUCUUCUGAAGCAAAAUCGGCCGACUCCGCCCGGAAGGUGCAUUGUGGUCCGGAACCCACCAAAACGUCUGUAGAGGCAACCGCAAGACUAGCGGAACCGGUAGGCGAUGGAGCGUCGGUUUUGCUCUGUCCCGACCACCCCCGCACGCGGUUUCGAGAUUCUGAAGAAAAAUCGACCGAUUCCGGCCGUGCUGUGCAUCAUUUUCAGGAAUCCACUGCUGCAGCAGCAGCAGCGUCUUCGGUAACAGCAGAAAAAUCGACCGACUCAGCCCGUAUCAUGCAUCGUUUUCUGGAAUCCACUACGGAAACAACAACGACAACUCCAGGUCCUGACCACCCCAGCAUGCGGCUACGAGAUGCGUUGCAGAUGCUGAGCGUCACCAAGUGGGGAGGAGGACGUAAGAGACUGGUCGAACGCAGGCUGAAGCUGCGCAGCAGGAUUAUCAUGACUUCUACAGGACCAGAACACGGAGAUGGUGAUUUGUCGCGCCUUGACAAAUCACCACAUAGCGAGUUCAGGUUGGUUUUUUCCGAUCAUAUGAAGAUGCGCUCGCCGACCAAACCAAUGUGGCUUGCGGACGUCGGACGCAAAAAAGAGCAGGGAGACCCAGACCAUUGGCGACGAAUUUUAUUGGAACGGGCGGGCGUGAUGGCGGUUCUCCGAUGUGCAGCAACCCCAGCGAGAUGGGUGGUUCGGCGCUUCGCCCAGCGUGUGCAGCUGCUCUUAGGGGUUCGAGAGACACAGAUGAAAAGCGACAAGGAGAUAUUGCACAUGUUGCAGCGACUGGUGCGACGACUCCACGCGAAGCAGCAAAUCAGGAAAGACGGGAGGGCAGUAUGGAAGCGGCGCCACAAGCGUCAGGGGCCGGUGGCAAGCAGCAAACGAACGAGCAAAACCAGGCACGAUGAGCCAGCGGUGGAAGGAUUUGAAGAGCCUGUUCUCGCACAAUCGGAGCCGACGGCCGGGCGAUGUGAGUUGGCGCAGGCAGAGGAGGACUUUCCCCAGCGUUUUGCAUCGGUCGGGAGCAAAAAAGCAAGAAGGAAGACGCAGAACAAACGCCGCGCGGUAGUCAAGCAUGCGAACGGGCCCCAGCACGCCGAUACUCGAGGAGCCCCGCCGCCGCUGGAGUCUCAAGCAGAACACGAGCAGAGUGCUGAGGGCGAGGAAGGCAGAUCCGCCGAAGAAGAGACAAUUGCGCCAGUUGUGGUUCCACCUAUCUUUGCGUUCGGAGGCAAGCAGAGCAAGUCCUGGAAGGACAUCUUCAAAGUUGCGGAAAAGAAGAAAAAGGAAAAAGACGAACAGAGGGACAGCCCAGACGACGGGGCAGGCGAUGGAGACAGUCCGUCACAGCAGGGGGAAGGGGACAGCGCACACAACUACUUUCCAGACCGUGUAGGAGGAGAAGUGGUAGAGGCCCCCGCGGGCCAUUGGGCGUGCAGGACGGGCCUCGUGAAUUGCUAUGGCAGCGGGAUGGAGUCAGAACGGUUCUGCCACGUGUUAAGAGUGGCGGGGGCCUGCGACUGGGGAUUGGUUUUGCUCUCCGAAUUCGCCUACCGCAAGAAGCAGCCAGCAGCAGUCGCUGAAGCAGCGGACAUCCUUCCUCCAGGCGCUGAGCCAGAAGCCCCCGGCCCAGGAGGGGAAGAAGAAAAUGAUGACGAUCAUCUGGACAGCCUCUUGGAAGGACAACCGCAACAAAAUCCGAACGUACAAGCGCCACCGCAAAACUUGGGAGAGGAUGGCAACGAUGACCAGCCUAUUUGCGUGGAGGUGGAAGCCCAUCUGGAUGAACUAGCCAUGGGGCCGGAUUUUGACUCUCCCGUGGAGAAAGAGGAGAUGACGGAGGCCGAGGACGUGCUUGAGUUCGGCGAGUAUCAGUGGGUACGCAAGCCGAAAUUUGAUUUGCUUUUUGCGCAUGGAGUAGGAAUCCUCAUCCUGGAUGAGAAGCUGCGGGCUGAAAUUCAGGCAGACCAGCUACAUACAACAGCGGACGCAGUGAGAUCACGGCCGCGGGUAUUGACGUUGUUUCUAAGAGAGCUAGCAGUAGUCGCUUGCUAUGCCCCCACCGCGGGAUCGCCAAAAGAAGACAUGGCGGCUUUUGACGGCAACUUCACCAAGGCAAUAAGGGAAACGCAAAAAAUGAAGCAGCACAAAUGGAAGACCAAGAUUGUUGGCGCCGAUUGGAAUGCGCAGGUGGGGACUCGACUCUUUGGCGGGUCUACCAUAAAAGGACAGCACGGACCUGCGACAUCGACGCCACGCGGGCGACAAUUUGCGACGACGAUGCUGGCCCUGAACAUGGUGCAGCCAGCCAGCCACCUGGAGCUCCCGUCUCACAGCACGCACGAUGGAGGAAAUGAGCUGGACUAUUUUCUGGUGCCAGGUCAGCAGCUUACCAAGGUCUUAGGAUAUCGCAUCUUUGACGUCAAUGGGGUGCAAGCAGAUGGCGCAAGGCUAGCGCUGGCGAGAUUCGACCACCGGGCGGUGGAGAUGGAUACGGCGGUAAAAACGAAAAAGCACUUAAGGCAUGAAGGAGAACUUCGAAGGUUGUCAACGUUUGGGCUAAUGACGAGCCCCCCGGAGGAGCUGCUCACGUUUUUCAAUGAGGACCUGCGUGCCAGAAUCGAGAGCAAGGGAGGCCAUGGCGCCUUCAGCCUGGAGGACUUCCACGACUUCUUGGUAGAUAACACGCCGCACUUCAUCGGGAAAACAAAGAAGGAGGCGCCGGUGAAGGACCUAGACAAAUACGCGGAAAGUGCGAAAACUCGCUCCAAAAUGUGGGCGCUCUUUCGCGAAAUGGACUUGCUCAAGAUGGAUCGGAGGUGCGAGAUAACCCCUGCUGAGGCGGCCAAGCAAUACGCUGCGGUGGGAAACACGCCGAUACGACCGGACUUGGACACCUUGCCAAUUGAAGCGGAGCUACCAAAGUACAUUCAGCCCUUGACAUCUGAAGAUCUGGAAGAACUGGACAAGCCCCCGGACGUCUUUGAGGUGGAAGAAGUGGCGAAAGCGGUGGCCGCCGGGGGAAAAGCGAAAGACGCAUGUGGACUGCAGGGCGGCAUCCUGAAGUUUUUAGACCAGGACUCGCUCGAGAUCCUCACGACCAUCCUAGCCAAGGAGUUAAGCACGCGCAAAAUGAGCGAACUGGACGAAAGAAUGCGGCUCUGCCGAGAUACGCCGCUAUUCAAGGGCAAAGGAUCGCCAAAGAAUCCGGAUGGGUAUCGUUUUCUCGUCAUUUCGCCGCUAGUGACAAAAUUAGUGGUGAAGCUGUACUCGGAUCGGUUAUAUCGACUUCUGGAGGAUAAGGGAUACUUCUGCGAAUCCCAGUUCGGAUUUCGGGAAAGCAGGGGGACGAUUGAGAGCCUUGCUAUCUUCAACAAGCUACGUCAGGACAUGAUGCACUAUGGCGAGCAUGGCAUGGCGCGGGUAUUGGUGACGCUCGUGGACUUGAAGAAAGCAUUCCCAAGUCUGGACAAACGCUUAAUCAGGGGAACGGUCCAGGCUCUCAAUCUGCAACACAGUAAAUGUUGGGAAGCGAUAGAGGCAAGUCAUCGGAGUUCAGUUCAUGAAUUUCGGGACCCGGACAACAAGAACACGCCGGGAGAGAGGUUCGCACUAGAAAACGGAACGAAAGAAGGAUGCGCGUCGUCGCCCCUGGUGUUUGUAAUGGUGUAUUCAGCGGUCAUGAAACACUUCCGACAUAAACUCAAGGCGGAGCAGCUGCAGAAAUCCAAGCCGGCCGGGGUCCAACUUCGCACGAGUCCGCAGGCCUUGUGCUGGAACAGGGUCGACCGAUUGUAUGCGUAUGUCUUCGAGUCGGGGGCCCAGACGGCGGAACAGCAGCAGCAGGAUGCGAGUGGUGCGAUGGAGAUGGAGACGGUAUUCAAGGCUUUGAUGACCUUGCUGUUCGCAGACGAUACGACCCUCCUAGAGCUAGAGCAGCGGCAAAUCCUCGAGAAGCUGGUCAAGGAAAACGAGGCACGGGAAGGUCGAAACAAAAAGAAGAAAGCCGGGGAAAAGCUGGAAGAGCUUCUUCCUUCAAACGCGAUGAAGGUCCUUUCGGAAGUCCUUUGGGAGGCGGGCACGUCUGAGAACAAAACCAAGCGCAUAGCCAACGACAUUACCGAAAUUGUAACGCGAAACCUUGGGCAGAACACGGAUCCGAUGGAGGACGUCCGGCAAAAGGUGAAAAAGUCCUGGCGCGCGUACUCGUCACUACGGCAGAAGAUCAGCGGCGUCAGUGGCAUACACUCGAAAAGGCGUGGGGAGUUGAUAAUGGUGAUGAUCAGAAGCGUGAUGACCUACGGCAUGACCUCCAGGUACGUAAGCAAAGAGGAGCUUCGCAUUUUAGAAAGGGAGGAAGGCAGGAUGAUGAUGCGAAUUCUCGAUAUCCCUUGGUGGAAGAAAGUGCUGAAAAAACAGAAGAUGUCGGACAUUCGGAAGCAGCUGAAAGUGCCAAAGCUUGAGCAUCAUGUGCGGUAUCUACAGAUGAAAUGGCUGGGGCAUACGUUACGGAAACCGAAGACAGACUUAACCAGGCAGGUGCUACUGGGGCAGUUUCUCCCACCGCUGGUAACGGGAUACCAGCCGCAAAACGACGCCCGCGGCUGGGAACUACAGGAGAAUGAAUCUCUGCAGCUCCUGCGGUCUAUCAAAAACCUCAAGGAGCUGGAUGCUAGACGCCGAAAAGUCCCCUCGUUCCUGGAGGACUCGAUAAAAUACUUGCAAGGUGACUGCAGCGUAUCGGCGGAGAUGUUGCAUCUCCUGGCGGAAACACCGGUAGAAGCGGCACGGCGACGCCCAGACCUGGAGGGGCCGCAAUCCCUGUACCAUGCGAACAAGCGGCUAUUUUUCUCGACAACGCGAUGGGCCUUCAUCAAGGCCGUGGCAAAAGACUGGGCCGGACAGGACGAGGGCGAGCGGAAGCAGCUGGAGCACGACCUGUCAGUGAAGUACUUUGGAGAUGCUGACGCGCCCACGGUUCAGAAGGUCAAGGAACAGGCUGCGGCGAAUGGGCUGAAUGUAGAGGAACAGGUGGGCAAACUGGAAGCAGUAGAUGGGGCACCGCUGGCGUAUCGAUCACAAGGCCAGUGUCUCUGGUGUGCGGAGCAGAUUGCUGCGGGACCACGUGGCCCAGACGGCAAAUUUGGCGAUGCGGAUCUCAUCUGCGGCACGGCAAAAGGAGGGCCAACGCAGAUGAUGGAGCUUCAUCUAAAAGAGAAGCACGAAGCCCCCGCGCCCAGCAACACAGCACACAAGCGCAGGAUUUUGAGAAAGAUCAAGGAGUGGGAUGACAAGCACAACGCCUUCAUUCGGGCGGAAACGCUGCAGAGAAAUGGGAACCCGCGCUACAUUAGAGAAAAGCAACCAAGGGGCCCGCGUGCCCAUGUGCCGAUGAUCAAGUUUGGGCGGCGCCAGCCCUGGCAAUUCCGGGCCUAUUUCGGUGCUAUUUUUCCUACGGUUGCCGUGUUUGUUUUUCUGCCUAUUUUCCUGCUAAUUCCCUGUCUAAUUUCUUGUCUAAUUUUUUGUCUAUUUCUUUGUCUAAUUUCCUGUCUAUUUUUUGCCUGAUUCCCCGCCUGUGUUUGCCUGUUUCUUGGCUAAUUUUGGCGACUUUUUUUUUUCGCUGCGAAAACCAAAAGCCCCGGAAUUAGGCGAGAAAUAGGCAAAAAAAUAGGCGCGCUGCCUCUGUGCGCGGGGGGCCUGGGCUGUUGGCCCUGCGCGUUUUGGUUUUCCUUUUUUUGUUUUUUUCUUUGCUUCCCUGGCUUGGCGGCCACUCGGGUCGCCUUGGUGCGCAUGGGCUUUGACCGUUUGGAAAUUAGCACCGAGAUAGGCAGUGCCCCGCCGGGGGCGGCGCUGGCCUAUCAAGUGCAUUCCCUGCAAUCUGAUGUUUGACUCCAAGUCGGCAGCUAUGGAGCGCCAUGCCCAGGCCCAUCGAGAGCAUGGCUACAUUCGGGUAGGACGAAAAAAGAACAACCAGGGGAAGCCGGUGGGGGAAUGCAGACCGGAGCAGCACUGGUGGAAUGAAUCAACAGGCAAGUACUCGUAUGGAUCUGACGCAGCACAUUGGAGGACGACAAUACCCCAGCGCGCCCUACACACUGACGCAGCAGGUUGCGAAUAUAUCCGAUGCCGAAAAUGUGAGAAAUGCAAGGCCCUACUCGCCCACAACAACGUCGCGAUGCGCUACCAUGAUCGGGGCGAGUCCAUCAAAAUUGGGAAGAUGAUCGACCACGAGAAGUCGUGCAAAGGGAAGAAGAUGCGCGACGAAGUCUACUCCGACAACGAGCAGCACUAAGAUCUUUCCCUUUCACUCCCCUUCACUGUGGGAAUACUAACUAACUAACUAUAAAUCUUCCGGGCAAGAGUCGCUAUAGGUGAACAAGCAUUUUUAUUGUCGAUGGCCACUACUUUGCUCAAUAGAAUAUAGAAGCACGGUACGUCUGCGGCAGCGCUCCUAGAUUUGAUCUACGCUUUUUUGAGAGCUUACCCUUUUGCUCAUGCAAGUGGAAGUGGCAUGAUGAAGUUAUAAGCACAACUAGACCGCACCCUUGGAAGGAAUAAGUUUUUGUUGCGAUUGUGAUCAUCGAAAAUAUAUCGUGGAGCGAGGCAUUUAUGACUGGUCCAGAAAUUGCGUACAUGCGCAGUUUAUCUAUGAACCUGGUGUGCAGUACCAACUUCGGGGGAAGGGCGACGGCAUGACCAUGGAGCUAAGCACGGUGGACGCCGAAAAUACGGGCACUAUCUCCGACUCCCAGCAUUACAGUGGCGGGCUGCACCAGAUUUUGCAAAUCUAUGGCCCGGACAUAUCUUUUUUUUUUCAUCUCGUUCGAAGAAUAUAGAAUGGCAAUUUUGAAUGCAUUAGUUGCAGCUUCUGAGCUGAAAAUAUGCAUGAAUGUGUUAGAUAAUUCACAAUCUGAUGACUACACAUGUAGCUGCACCUGUGAACUAGUUAGCCUGAAGCUAUCUAGUCUUGUGGAAUCGACGUGCGAAUCCACAAGACUCGAUAGCUUGAGGUUAACUAGCUAGCUCAUGAUGUUGAUUUAUCUUCACAUGAGCUACCUCAUGGCGACUAUCUAUGGCCGCACACAUGCUUAUCUACAUACAAACGACUACCCUUUACGAUCAUGCAAAUACGUAUUCGAUUUUUUUGAUCUGUCCGGGCCAUAAAAUCAAACACGGUCUGCGUUUGCUACCUGAAAACUUUAGCACCAACUUUCUGUCGAACGUCAAGUUCAUCAAGGGCUAUGAUCAUGUUUUUGGACUGACAGGGACACUCGGUGAUCAGGCUACGCUGAAGCUCAUGCACGAAGUGUACGGAUUAGACUUUUUUUUCGUGCCCGGCUUUAAGCAAAAGCAGUUUUACACUCUCCGGGGUGUUGUUCUGCACGGUAAGGACGCCGGAAAGACCUGGCUUGAGACCGUGGUCCGGCGCGGCCGCGCUGAAGCAUUUUUGGGACGUGCGGUUUUGGUGGUGUGCGAAUCCAUCAAGAAAGCGGAUGCCAUACACCAGGCCUUCGAAAAAGCGGCAAAAGAUGCAGCCGACCAUGAGUCGGAGGGUGGGCCUGCAUUGCCCGACGGCUCCAGGCAUAACGUAUCCCUGUUCAGGUACACCGCACAAGAGGAACGCGAUGCUGCCAUAGAAAGGAUCGUCCAGGCGGGUGACGUCAUAAUUGCCACAAACAUUUCCGGACGGGGUACUGACAUCAAGCUUUCGGACGAGGUGGAAAAGAAUGGUGGCAUGCACGUCAGCGUAACGUUUAUUCCAAAAAGCAAAAGAGUUCAGGAACAAAACUUCGGUAGGACUGCGCGGACAGGGCUUCGGGGCACAGCCCAGUUGAUUGCGAGAGCA